AUGGUUCGCAAACUUAAAUAUCAUGAAAGAAAAUUACUAAAGAAAGUUGAUUUCCUCCAGUGGAAAAAUGAAAAUAAUGUUCGUGAAAUUCAAAUCAUACGUCGAUAUCAUUUACAACAACGAGAAGAUUAUCAUAAAUACAAUAAGUUAUGCGGUUCAAUAAAAAAACUGGCCAACCGAAUUUCUUUAUUGGAUCCACGUGAUCCGUUUAGGAUUAAACAGGAGUCAGCUUUGUUGGAAAAAUUGUAUCAAAUGGGGUUGAUUACGUCCAAUAAACAAUUUAGUCAAGUAGAUAACAUUACUGUAUCCGCCUUCUGUAGGCGGAGAUUACCGAUAGUGAUGUGUAGGCUAAAAAUGGCAGAAACGGUUAAAGAAGCUGUUACGUUUAUUGAACAAGGUCACAUUCGUGUUGGACCUGAAACUAUUACAGAUCCUGCAUAUCUAGUUACAAGGAAUCUAGAAGAUUUCGUAACAUGGGUGGAUACUUCUAAAAUCAAACGCAAGAUUAUGAAGUAUAAUGAUAAACUUGAUGAUUUUGAUUUAUUAUAA